CAAAUGUCAAAUCAUCAAAAAUAGUUUUUUUUCAGAAGCUACGUCCAAAAUGGCAGCCACACGAAGACUUCAAAAGGAACUGGCAGAUAUCCGUGCAUCCGGGUUGAAGUCAUUCAGAGACAUAAUCGUGGACGAAGGAAAUCUAUUGUUAUGGUCUGGUCUGAUCGUUCCGGAAAAUGCUCCUUACAACAAAGGUGCGUUCAGAAUCGAGAUAACGUUCCCCGCAGAAUACCCAUUCAAACCACCAAAAAUUUGCUUCAAAACCAAAAUCUACCACCCUAACAUAGACGAGAAGGGUCAAGUGUGCUUGCCAAUUAUUAGCGCCGAAAACUGGAAACCAGCAACGAAGACUGAUCAAGUAAUCCAAGCUCUCAUAGCACUGGUUAAUGACCCGGAACCGGAGCAUCCACUCAGAGCAGACCUAGCGGAGGAAUAUUUGAAGGACCGUAAAAAGUUCACCAAAAACGCCGAAGAGUACACCCGGAAGCACAGUGAAAAGCGACCGGAAUAAAUUCUCAGCGUUCGAAAAGCAAAUCCAAAUCACAACACACACGCAUGAGCUCGUUGUGUAUACUUAAAUUCAUCUAGUAUUUUCUUUCCUUUAAAUUCCUUAUUUAAAACAAAGGCGUAAAGCUGUAUUGUUGCAAAGUCAACGAAAAAAAAAAAGAUAAUAAAUGCAAAUUGAUGAAGUGCUUCUCUUUUAUUUGAUCAAUUCGCAAUUUUGCUUCUAUCAUUUACGCUGUGAGGGUGCAUCAGAUCAUUACAGUCGUUCCUUUAGUUUUGCGCAUUAUGGAAAUUGUUGAGCUUGGAAAUAGCAACUUUUUUUUCUAUCAUUGAACUCGAUUAUUAACAAAAAUAAAAGUAAAACAUGCUUUAACAAACGAAGUGAAAUAACUAAAGCAACAUAAGUUAUAAGAAUUAAUGUAAUAACUUAAAACUCACACUGAAGUGAAGAGAAAGAAAAUGUGUAAUGCAUUUAAUUUAGAUCUAAACAAUAUGUACUAUGUAACACGUCUGUGACAGCAAAACUGCGUUCUAACUAUAAUUAGACAAAAGGAAAUAUGUUCAAUAAAAGUAAUGAACAAAUGUUGAA